AAAAGUAUGCCUCACCGAUGGAGAAAUUAAUGUCCCCGGGGAGACGAAAGAAUCAUCAAGACUCCCGGUGGAAACGAACCCGAGAUUAUAUGUCAAUACGAAGAGUAGAGAAAUCGAGGUAUCUCGAUAAUUUGAAGAUCCUCGAUGAAUCUUUAAUGGGUAAGAAAUAUGAAGAUCCUUCCGAUUCGUUGAAAAUCGGUAAUAAACGCAAGAAACGUGAUAAUAAUUCGCAUAAUACAUUACCGAUCGAAAAUUACCCAACUAACGAUAAGACAACGUUGAAUUAUCUAAGGGAUCAUAGUCCUUAUCUUCCGUACACUAUUAAUACGGUUCAUCUACAAAAUCCAUAUAAAACUCCUCAACGUCUCGAAGGAUACGCUUUGCGUGACGCCAAUUUUAAGGGAAUGUAUCGAUCGAGGGAAUCCACAUUAAGAUCAAGAUAUAAUCGGAACGGUUUAACAACGACGGAUACGAUUACUUCAAAAAAUUACGAGCAAAAUGAAGAAAAACAUGAGAGAAGCAUGAAAAAUGUACAAACAUGUUUAAAGACUACAGAGAUCAAUACCAUUGUGAAACAGUAUUGCUUGAAUAGCACUCUUCAUGGUUUACGUUAUGUCGGAGAUUCAAAAUUAUCAAUCGUAGAAAGAAUUUUUUGGAUAAUUUCUUUUACAACCGCGGUACUAACUGCCACAUAUUAUAUUUGGUUCUUAUAUCAAAAGUGGGUCACAUCUCCCAUUAUAAUUUCCUUAAGUCCUGAACCAAUUUCUCUCAACGAAUUUCCAUUUCCCGCCGUUACCAUUUGCAAUAUGAACAACGUAAAAAAAAGCGAAGCAAAUCGUAUAGAGAAUGGAGAAAAUAUACGUGAGAAAUUAUUGUUGGAGGAUUUUUGCAAUAGCGAAAAUGUCUCGGUUGCUUAUGAUUUAGAACAAGAAGCAGUGGAAUGGAAUGCCAUGCGACAUUUUAUGAUAAAUGUAUCACAAUCAUGUAACGACAUGUUGUACUUAUGUAAAUGGCAUGGCAAUCAAACAGAAUGUGACAAAAUAUUUAAUCCUACGAUGACCGAUGAGGGUAUUUGUUGUAACUUUAAUUCGGUAAAUCGUAAACAUUUGUUUCACGAUCCACGAGAUUGGCCUGAUAUGAACAUUACUUUUGCAUUCACUGGUAUCGAUUGGAAUCCUGAAAUUGGAUAUGAUAAACAAGUUCCAUCAGAUGCCAUACCAUGGAGACCAUAUGGCGCUGGCCUUUUUUAUGGCUUAACUUUAGUCCUUGACGUUGACAUUAAUGAAUAUUAUUGUUCUUCGACAGCUAGUGCAGGCUUUAAAAUGCUACUACACAGCCCCGUAGAAACACCAAAAAUUGCAGAUUUUGGAUUUGCUGUAGCUCCUGGUAAAGAAGUCAGAGUUAUUGUAUCACCUCGAAUAUCGACAGCAAGCAAAUCUAUAAUAUCUAUACCUCAAAGGAAGAGAAAAUGUUUCUUCACAUCAGAGAGAAAGUUGCGUUAUUACAGAACUUACACGCAAAGAAACUGUAUCCUGGAAUGCGAGGCGAAUUUCACACAAAAAAUGUGUCAUUGCGUCCAAUAUUAUAUGCCAAAAUCAUCAAACACUACUAUUUGCGGAAAGAAAGAUGAUCAAUGUGCUACUACAGCACGAAGAGCAAUGGAAAUUAAGCUCUAUGAUGAUAAUCAAUUGAAUAUUACUGAAAUACCAAGCUGUAAUUGUUGGCCAGGAUGUUUUGAACUAAGUUAUAAUUUAGAGAUAUCAGAUAGCAAAUUGUUGAGUAAUUUUGACAUUCAAGAACAGUACAUUAAGAAAAGCCGAAAAUAUUUUACUGAAAAUAUGGCAGUGGUACAUAUUUUUUUUGUGGAGUCUCAAUUUACUAAAUCUAUGAAGAAUGAACUUUUUGGAUUUACAGAAUUCCUCUCAAGUACUGGAGGUCUGCUUGGUCUUUUCAUGGGAUUCAGUUUUCUUUCCGUUAUGGAAAUAUUAUAUUUCAUAACAUUACGAUUAUGGUGUCGUUUAACUGAACAUAAAAAUGUUCCAUCACGUACUAUAGUUCAAGUACAUCCUUUGGAUCAUAAUCAUGGUAUAAUAUAUCCGUUUGCACAAUGAGUUUUAUAUGUGUUAACAAAUAUUAUAAAUCGUUGUAAUUAAUGUCCGUGUGUGUGUGUGUGCAUAUAUAUAUACUUACACAUAUGUGUGUGUGUGUGUGUGUGUUAUAUAGCCAAAAUUUGAAGACUCCAUUAACAAAAAUUACAAGAUAUUCUUCAUUAUUUCUUUUAAUUUCCACCUUUUAGAUUAGUAUAACUAUUACCCUAUCGUAUUUGUAUAUAUUUCUUCAAAAGAAGAUUAACUUGCUUUAUCUAUAAUUAAUAGAAAUUACAACAUUUUUUUCAA